AUGCAGCAGCAGCAAAUGCCGCUGCUGCAGCAGCGGCAGCUGCAGCUGCAUCAGCAGCAUCUACAGCAGCAGCAUGCACAGCAGCACCAUGAGGAGCAGCAGCAGCUGCAGCAGCACCAGGAGCAGCAGCAGCUGCAGCAGCGGAGACACAGCCAGCUGCAGCAUCGCCCCCUUGGGUCUUCAGCAGCAGGAGCUGCUGCUUCACCGCUGAUUGCAGCAGCAGCAGCAGCAGCAGCAGCAAAACCUCCAACUGCAGCACAGCCAUCGGGGCCACUGCGCAGCAGAAGCAGCAGCAUACCUGAGCCUCAGCAGCAGCAGCAACAGCAGCUGCUGCAGCAGCAGCAGCAGCAAGCUGCUUCUAGUUUGUCACGACCCCGUUAUGGGGGUUCCCAUUCACCUGCAGCAGGGUUUGUUCCUGUUGCUGCUGCACACCAUGCUGCAGCAGCAGCAGCAGCAGCGCAGCAGCAGCAGCAGCAGCAGGUUCAACCCCAGCAGCAGCAGCAGCAGCAGCAGCAGCAGCAGCAGCAGGGGAGUUUAAGCCGCGCAGCAGCAGCAGCAACAGCAGCAGCAGCAGGAGGCCCGAGCACAGUCAAGCUGCCGGUGCUGCCGCCCUCAAAGGCGCAGCCGCUGCAGCAGCUGCUGGAGGAAAUAGAGUUGGCUGCUGCUGCAACGCAGCAACAGCAGCAGCAGCAGCAGCAGCAGCUGUGGCUGCUGGGGCAGCAGAGGGGUGCAGACGCUGUGCGGGAAGAGCAGCAGCAGCAGCAGCAGCAGCAGCUGCAGCAGCUGCAGCAGCAGCUGCAGCAGCUGCUGCAGAUCCGCUCGCUGGCGCAGACAAUUCUCUCGGGGAUUACGGGGGCCCAUGGAAGGACCUCAUCAGCAUUCCAUCCGUGUCUGGCAGCAGCGGCAGCAGCAGCAGCAACAGCAGCAACAGCAGCAGCAGCAGCACACUGCCAGGAGCCUGCUCUAAAGGCGUGA